AGUAUAAUGAGGGAGAGGAGGGAGGGGAAGGUGAUGGUGGUGGAGGGGUCCGGCAGAUGGCGGGGUCGAGUCAGAGCUGAGUCAACAUCCACCGGGAUCACAGGCUUGGCAACACACUCCUAGCUCUCCUACUCGUGUUCCUCAUAACAUCAAGCCAAGAUGUCGUCCCGCAAGGCAGGAAAGAAGAUUGGAAAGAAGCGUGCCCAGCGAGCAACGAGCAAUGUCUUUGCUAUGUUUGAUCAGGCUCAGAUCCAGGAGUUCAAGGAAGCCUUCAAUAUGAUUGACCAAAACCGUGACGGCUUCAUUGACAAGGACGAUCUCCAUGACAUGCUGGCUUCCCUAGGCAAAAACCCCACUGAUGACUACCUCGAGGGAAUGAUGAAUGAGGCACCAGGACCCAUCAACUUCACAAUGUUCCUUACACUGUUUGGUGACCGUUUGCAGGGUACAGAUCCUGAGGAUGUCAUCAAGAAUGCAUUUGGCUGCUUUGAUGAGAACAACCAGGGCUACAUCAAUGAGGAGUACUUGAGGGAACUGCUGGUGUCCAUGGGAGACCGAUUCACGGAUGAAGAUGUUGAUGAAAUGUACCGUGAGGCUCCAAUCAAGAACUCCAUGUUUGACUAUGUGGAGUUUACCCGUAUCUUGAAGCAUGGUGCCAAGGACCUGGAAGAUCAGUGAGCUGCCGCUGCUACCACAAUAAAGAUAUGCAGCCUUCCACUUGUAGCUUUACUUCCACAGUCAUUAGCUGUUCAGUUUCAGCUUAAAUGUUCCUUUACUUAUUUUCAGUUGAGAGCUUGUAUUUUAUGUAUUUAAUAAUCCUAUAACUUAAUUAUUGAAAAUAUUUAAAGAAAGGCAUAAUAUAUCAAUAUAUACUAUAAGUAGCUCGAGUGUACAGAUGCUGCAAAAUUGAAUUAUUUACAACAUUGUGGUUUUUAAGAUUCAUUUGCUUUAUUGCUUGUGAUUGUCAUGAUGUGAUAAGAAACUUACCGACAUUUUUAUACAUGUAGGUUUUGUAAAAUUACCCAUAGUUUUGUAUAGUGAUUUAUAUCAGGAUUUGAUUUAUUGUCCAUUGGACUUCAUUGCAGGCAGGGCUCUCCCCCAAGUUUCCUUAAAGUUGACAGGUUAUUUAUUCAAAACAUUGAAUUUAUUAGUAUACUUCAUAGUGCCUUAGAAGAUUUAGAAAUCAGUGGUUAUUAAUAUGAUAGACCUCUUAGCUACCAAAAGAUCUUGAAAUUUAUUGUGAAAUGUAUGUAUUCAUUCCACAUGAGGUAUCUUCCAGUUGUCUUUUGUUUUCUGUACUUAAGCCCGGAGAACCUACUUUGGCUUGAUAAAUUUUGCAUAUUCAUUCCAAUAUAACACUUUAUACCAAUUUUCAUAAUUCAGUAUUUCGUAAAUAAACAAAAACGCUAUGGU